UUGAGGAGGUGGCGGCGGCGGCGGCGGCUCCAGCAGGGGGCGCUGUUCGGAGUCUCCCUGCCCUGUUGGUCCCGGCCGGCUCUGACACAUCCCGGCCGCCUUAGCACUCAGUUCCUGGGCCCGGCCGCCGCCGAGGCUCCUUGGCCUCUUGAGGAAGCUCAGCGAGACGCGGCGGGGGCAAGGCUCAAAGCCGUGGAUUCUCCCCCCCCGAUUGGGGGCGGGGGGAGGCCAAGGAGCGGGCGCCGAGUCCUGUCCUUGGGGGCCGCCUCUCCCCGGCCGCGACCACCCCCACCUCCUCCUCCUCCUCUCUCCUCCUCCCUCCUGCUCCAGGACCAUGUUCCCCAGCACUGGCUCCAACGGGCUGUAUAAAGCACCUCUGUCAAAGGGCCUUUUAAUAAUACCAAGCACCCUCUCACUUUUGUUGGCUCUACUUUUUCAACAUUACCAGAAGUUCUUCACAUAUAAUCUGCAAGCAGUAAAAGAGGAAUUUCAGAUUUGGAGGCUUGUAUGCGGACGAAUGGUAUGUCUUGAUCUCAAAGACACAUUCUGCAGCAGCUUACUCAUUUACAACUUCAGGAUAUUUGAAAGGAGAUAUGGCAGCAGAAAAUUUUCAUCUUUUUUGCUGGGAUCCUGGGUGCUGUCAGUGUUGUUUGAUCUUCUCCUUGUAGAAGUUGUGGAAUAUUCGUUUGGCCUCACUAUCCAUAGUUUGCCUUCAGGAUUCUUGGGCCCUGUGUUUGCUCUUUUUGUACCAUUUUAUUGCUCCAUUCCAAGAGUGCAGGUGACACACAUUCUAGGCCAAUUUUCUAUCACAAACAAGACGCUGGUCUAUAUAUUGGGUCUGCAGCUUUUAACUUCUGGGUCUUAUAUCUGGAUUGUAGCUUUAAGUGGACUGAUUUCUGGAAUGUGCUACAGCAGUAGUGUAUUGAAAGUGUACCGUGUACUCUGUGUGCCCUGUGGUAUUGCAAGAAUAUUUGCUCGGACUCUUGAACCAAUUUUCUCAUCAGCGGAACCAUCCAAUGAGAUAAGAGCUGGAAUGGGAGCAACUAUAGACAUACAGAGGCAACAACGAAUGGAAUUACUGGAUCGGCAAAUCUUGAUGUCUCAGUUUGCCCACAUGAGGCGACAAAGACAACAGCAGGGAGGAAUAAUUAACUGGAAUCGUCUCUUUCCUCCUCUACUUCAUCGACGUAAUGCAAACUAUCAGGAUAAUCGUCAGACUGAACAUGAGGUACUACCUCCAGCUGAAGUGUCUGAAGAACAGGUUGCAAGGCUCAUGGAAAUGGGGUUUUCCCGAGUAGAUGCUUUGGAAGCUUUGAGAGCUUCAAAUAAUGACCUUAAUGUAGCUACCAAUUUUCUGCUCCAGCACUGAUGAAUGCCUGCAAUGAAGAACUUUAAUCAACACAUUUCAUAUGCUGCCCAAAGGAAAGACUCUAGCCAGCUCCUGGAUAGACCGCUGAAGGUCUAAGUCAAGAAGAGGAAGCUGUCUCUUCAUGGGUGACAUAUUGGACAAGGAAACAAUAUUGGGUGGUACUGGAAAUGCCUGCCUCUUGAAUGGGGAUACUUACUGGAGAGGUUCCACUUGAAAAGUACUUUCAAUCAUAAAAUAUGUUAUAACUUCAGUAUUUAUUUUGAAAAAUUGAUUGUUCCUUCAAAAAUCAGCAUAAAACAAAUUCCAAAUUAGGAAAUGUGGAAAACCAGAAAAGCUUGUCAAACAGCUCCUUUUGCCAAAAGUAAAUUCCCCCUAUCUUUUUUCCUACUCUGAAAUAUUUUUGAAUACUGUAUGUUAUUCAUCUCCUUGGCCACAGCUUUGAGAAAUGUUCGGAAGUACUUGGCCAUGCAGUUUCAAUAAAAGAAGAAAGGACUCUGGGGUGUCAUCUUGCAGAGGUUCCUAAUGACACUUAUGAAAGAUGUUAAUCUUCAUUUUCCCUUUCUUUAAGCAUAGCAUGUAACUGAACAGGGUUACUAAAAUGUAAUAUGAACAGUGGUAGGUUACAUUAAGUAACCAUGUACAUUUUAAAUAAAAAUAAAGAUAUUAUAAUUAAGUGAAGAUAUUGGAAUAGGGGAAAUAAAAUUGAAUUCGUUGACAAAAAUAUUGGAACUCAUAUUUUUCUUAAUAGGUCAGGUUUCCUUGGAAACCUGGAUCAGGUUUAUUAUCUGUAUCUAGUGCUCUGUAUCACUGAUCUUCAGCUGAUGAUCUGUAAACGGAUGAAGGCUGCUACUCUAUGCUGUCCUUGGUUUAUUUAUUUAUUUUUUAGAGUAAUAUCAGGGCUAAAGUCUGCCUGCAGCCUAUGCCUUCUGGCUGAAAGGCAUGCUUCUUUAUCCCACAUGGGUGGGAUUCACUUGUGAUUCCUUGGCAAAAGGAAUUCUUCCCAAGCUCAGGAACAUUUUAAAAUUACUAUUAGUUUGUCUUCCAUGGCUGAGCACUGACAUUCAGAACAGGCUCCAGGAUUGAGUCACAAUGAACUGAAAACAAGAAAAGAGUUUAACAGUAAAUAAUAUCUACUAGCUGACCGGGCGCCUAGCGUCUGUGCCCCUAGUUCGACUCUUCCCCCACCCCAUCAGCCCCUUCUCCCUGACUCUGUCUUCCGGUGGGCGUCUCUGGCCCCUUCUCUCCCCCACUGCCCGUGGUUUCUCCUGCUUCCUGCCGGUUUCUUCCUCCCCUCUGGCCGCCACUUCCUCUUCCUGGCAGCUCAACCGCCUCCUGACCCUGGUGGGCGCGCCGCCACCACCAUUUCCCCCGGCAGCAGCUCAAUGGCUUCCUGCUGCGCGUGAGCUGCCGCCACCCAGCCAAUCCGGCGCAUCCACCACCCAGCCAAUCCGCAGGGUGCCGGAACGCAUCCCCACGGGCACGUUUUCAAGAAUUAAUUAUAAAGAUGUAUCCACUUUUAAAAUAAGCCUUAAUUUUUCUACUGUGUAUGUCUCAUGUUUUUCAGACACUGUGGUUUAUAGGCACCGUACAUUGUUCAGAUGUUAUCUUGGUGAUCUUUUAGAUUGACUGCCUUUUGCACGCAGUCUUCUGUGGGUAUGGCAUAUCUAAUUUCAGGAUCAUACUUUAGGGUGUGCUUUCACUAAAAAAACCCCAACCAUAACACUUUCCGUAAGAAUAACACUUGUAAAAAGAGGUAGGGAAAAAAAGCUAGAUUUGAGAACACACCAUCAACAAAACCAUCUCAAUAACAGGAUACAUGUAGUUUGUCCAAGGAUGAUUUGUUCUAUAGGACCGCUAACCAUAUGAGGGAUUUCCUGACUGAUAUCUAACAUUUCCUCUCUCUUGGUGGAAGAAGUUAAGGUCUUUGCAUAGCUGGGUUUGUAUUUGAAUAUUAACUGUUUUGUAUUUUUCAUAUAACAUGCACGUUAUUAUGUCAAGCAAACAGUCAAAAUUAUGUCAAAUGAAUAGUAGUGCAAUGUGAUAAGAAAAGUGGGGCAAGGGCAAUACUAAUAACAAAAAGGGUGCGUGUGUAAUGAUCUCAGUCAUAUACAGGAAUUGCAGACAGUGGUGUUUUCCCAAAACAGGACUAGUAAGUUUCACUUUUAUAAAGAAGGAAUGUCCUGGGUCAGUUAAAGGUUUCUGCUUAUCGAAAACUAGGUACUUCCUUGUUGUCUUUUUUUUUUUUUUUUAAAUUCAACAGAUUUAUGUAGUGCUAGGCUAGAUAGUUUGUCCAGGAAUCAGUCGUGUGGUGCCUUCUAGCCUUGUAAUACCAAUCUUUUAGCAAUUGGGGUUGCUUGCCUGAUCCAGUUGGUGCAGCUGUCUAGAUAAGUAGAAUGCAUAACAAACAUUUUGCAAGGGCAGAGGGUGGGAAGGCAGAUUGUAAGACGAAGUUGACCUGUGUGUUUACUUCAGCUCAGAAUCUGAACAGAAAUGGAUGGAGAAGUCCACAUUGUGUAGACUGCCUUGAGAAUUUGUGGGGGGCAGAAGGAAAGUUUAUAAGUGUGGUAGAUUAAUAGGCUCACACAUGGCUGCCAUUUUAAGAUUAUGGCCUGGGGUUCACAUCAUCUUAAAGACUAGGUCCCCUAGUGAUUAUCUGCAGAAAUGGUCUGGUACGCACAAAUAUUGGAUGUCUCACUAGCUCCCCCUCCUCCUGACACUUUGGUAGCACAGCCCUUUGCUCACCAUGGGCAACUCUGGAUGCCUUCAUCGCUGCUCCUAUUGCCCUGAGCCCUCGCCGCUUGCCAGUGGCUCUCUGGGCAUUUCAGAAGUGGAAAGGGCCCUGUUCCUAUAUGUGGACAGCAGUGGGGCCUUUCUCUUUCUGAGUGGCCAGAGAGCCGCUGGGAACAGACUGUUUGCUGUCCAUUCCCAGUGAUUCUCCAGCCACUCAGAAGGGGAAAGGCCCCAUUCCUGUCUGUAGGGAAAGCCUUUGGCAAGCGGCAGUGAGGGUGUGGCAGCAAGGGCAACUGGCAGAAGGAGGGGGCAGGUUAGCGAGAUGGCCUCAGAUGGUACUCAUUUAAGCAUUUUUCAAAUGUUUGGGAUACUCUUUUACAAGUUUUUGGUACUGACAAGUAUUCAUUUAUGUGAAUCCCUAAUUAUAACCCAGUCUAUAAAAAUUGGAAUAGUCUGGCUUUCGAUAGAAAGAUGGCCUGUCUUCUGAUCAUUGUUUGUUCAGUCUGAAUGAAUGUGUGUUUUAGUUAUGUUAACAAUAUUUAUGCAGCUUGAAUAGGAAUCUUCCAGUUGAAUGAAUAUUAAUAUGAACAGGUAUGUAAAAACUGCUUUUUAAAUUUCCGACAAUGCCUUUAGAAUUGAGUUUUCCAGUGACCAUGUCCACUCCCAGAAUGCCACUUGGGUUGUGUGGGGUGGGCAGAGCAUUCAGAUGAUUAGAAUGUGUGUGGGACAGAGAGGGAUAUAAGAAUGGAGGAGGAAGAGGGGUAUGUAAGUGAAAUUGUGUGAGGUGAGAGAUUUGACUUUGGGGGUGUCAAUGCACAAGGUACUGAUUUUAUUUUUAAACUUGAAUUGUCAUUUAUUGUUGCUUGUUAAUAUACAAAUGACUUGAUAAUGAAUCAUUUAAAAAAAUUGUGGUGUUUUCCCUGGUUUUACCUGAUAUGGAAGAAGCAAGACUUUCCAGUAAGUUAAUAACCAAAAAAAUCUGGUAUAAAAUCCCAUCCACCUAAAUUGGAAGUGAAGAGUAUUUGCCGAUAAAAGCUUCUUAUAAGUGUG